GAUGCAUUGCACACUGCGCGCUUGCUGAAUGUAGAGGAGCGACCAUUCGCACGCGUUUCAAAACGACUACUAGGCAAAGAGUCGCUUCUCAGACUUCCUGCUCAACUACCAACGCCGCCGCCCGACGAGUCUGACGCCGACCAGGAAGCAGAACGUCAAAAGAAGGAGCAAGAGAGAAGGCAAUGGCGCGAAGAUGUCAUGCUCGACUUUGCACUGCUAGAGAGCACCUUCAUCCGUAUACAAUUCUUGAAGGACAGCAACGAAAAAGAGCGCCAGAGAUAUGCAGACGAGAAGAACAAAAUCCUGGAGACUGCGCAAGCCGUACGCGACAACACUGCAGAAUUGCGCAUACAACUGGAAGAGGCUCAAAAGACUUUGACUCUGCGCAAGGAAUACGACGUGCUCGCCGAGAAGAUUACCAACAAUCGCAUGCUGAAGCCGCGUGAAGAGCAGCGCGCAAAUCUAGAGAAGCUGAAUGCCGAGAUUGCAGACUUGGAGCAUGAAGGUCAGGAGUACGAGCAGACUUGGAUCGAGCGCAGGGAGCAAUUUGACAACAUUAUGGCCGCUGGAAAACAAAUGCUCAGGGUUAUUAGGGGUGAAAAGGACGAGCCAGAGAAAGACGAGGCUAUGGAGGACGGCGAAGAACGUGAAGAUGGCGAGGCUACCAAGGAGAAUAGCCGAAUGGGCACACCUGCACCUGAGAUUGGC